GGGAGAGCGAGCUGAGGGAAGAAGUUGACUGAGCAUUUAGGAGAGAUACAGCGAGUUUGAGUUUCAAGGCAUGCAGUUUAGAGAAAUAGAACAACCACGAAAUAGAACAACCACUCCACAAGCUCUACUGAUCUAAAAACACAAGAGCAACUCAGGUGUUGAUUACAACAAAUAACAUCUUAGUGGAUUAAUUGAGAAAUAGAAUGUGUUCCAAUAGAUACCGUUCGAAGAUACCGGGAAAAGUUAACUACCCAUUAUUCUGCAUUGGGGUUUGUCUAAUAAUUCUGCUACGGUUGUGUGCUGCAUUCAACUUGGAUGUGGAGAACCCCGCUGUCUACAGCGGACCUAAUGGGAGCUACUUUGGAUAUUCCGUGGAAUUUUACUUGACCAAUUCUUCAAGCAUCAGUGUGGUGAUUGGCGCUCCCAAGGCCAAUACCAGCCAGCUCAACAUCACAGAGGGCGGGUCCGUGUACUACUGCCCAUGGAGUCUCGGCCAAUCUGAGUGCCACAACAUUGAAUUUGACAAUCAAGGGGACCGCAAAGUCACUCUCAAUGACAUAGACUACCAGGCUGAAGUCAAGUCCCACCAGUGGUUCGGCGCCACCGUCCGUUCCCACGGAGACACCAUUCUGGCCUGCGCCCCCCUCUACUCCUGGAGAACCAAAAAAGACAUGCCCCAGUCAGAUGCCACGGGAACCUGCUACCUCUCUGUCAAGAACUUCACCAAGUUUGUGGAAUAUGCUCCCUGUCGCACAGAAUUCAUUAACGAGGGUGGUCAGGGCUACUGUCAGGGGGGAUUCAGUGCUGAUUUCACCAAGGAUGGGAAAGUGGUACUUGGAGGACCAGGCAGCUUCUUCUGGCAAGGUCAGGUGAUCUCAGCAGCCAAAGAGGAGAUAAUCAAGGCUUACUACCCAGGGUACUUCAUGCAGUCUGUGGAGGGACAGACCCAGACCAGACAGGCUCAGAUCAAAUAUGACGACAGCUACCACGGUUACUCUGUUGCGGUUGGGGAAUUCAGUGGAGAUGACGUGGAAGAUGUUGUGGCUGGGGUCCCAAAAGGGGUCAUGCUCUAUGGUUUGGUGUCUAUUUUAAAUGCCACUGAUCUGAAGUCCAUGCUCAACUACACUGGCGAACAGAUGGGCUCCUAUUUUGGGUAUACUGUGGCCACUGCCGACAUCAAUAACGACGGCAUGUCUGACCUGUUGGUGGGAGCUCCCAUGUACAUGACCCGAGGGUCAGACAGCCGCCUGGAGGAGGUGGGCCGUGUGUACCUCUAUCUGCAGCGUCGUCCCCUGGACCUGGAGCCAACUCUCAACCUGACCGGGACACAGGUGUUCGGGAGGUUUGGCAGCACCAUCGCACCUCUGGGAGACCUCAACCAGGACGGAUACAAUGAUGUGGCCAUCAGCUGUCCGUUCGGUGGAGAGGACCAGCAGGGAUUGGUUCUCAUCUACAACGGAUUCGCCGGUGGGCUCAGGGACAUGCCCUCUCAGGUCAUAGCUGGCCAAUGGGCUUCAGGUACAGUGCCCGCCAGCUUUGGAUUCGCACUCCGAGGGGCUAAGGAUCUGGACAUGAAUGGCUACCCAGAUCUUAUUGUUGGUGCUUUUGGAGUUGACAAGGCAAUUUUGUACAGAUCCCGGCCCAUCGUCAGCACCAGUGCCUCCCUGACCGUCUACCCCACAAUGAUCAACCCUGAGGAGAAGAGUUGUUCAGUCAAUAACGGCAACACCACCAUACCUGUCUCCUGUGUCAACCUGAGUUUCUGCCUCUCUGCCAAUGGGAAGUACCUACCAGACAACCUAGACUUCCAGGUAGAGGUGCAGUUGGACCGUCUGAAACACAAGCAGAUGGGAGCGGUGAAGAGGGCUCUGUUUGUGGACUCCCAGCAGGCAGUGCUUCAGAGGAGUGUGAGAGUGAAGAACGGAGAGCAUGUGUGUUACGACACCAAGAUCUACCUGAGGGAUGACAAGGAGUUCAGAGAUAAGCUCUCCUCCAUCUACAUCUCCCUCAACUUCAGCCUGGAUCCUCAGGCAGCGUUUGACUCCCACGGCCUCAGACCCAUCCUUAACUACCAGACCACUGAGCUCAUCGAGCAGAAGGCCCAGAUUCUGCUGGACUGUGGAGAAGACAACAUCUGUGUUCCUGACUUAAAGCUGGCAGUGCACGGGGACAGGAAGGAAGUGUACCUAGGUGACGACAACUCACUGACCUUGACUUUCAACGCACGGAACGAGGGUGAAGGUGGGGCCUACGAGGCUGAACUGUAUGUGGUGCUGCCUCCUGAAGCAGACUACAGCGGUAUAGCCCGCAAUAACGAGAGCCUGACCCAGCUGACCUGUAGCUACGAGACUGAGAACCAGACCCGCUACCUCAGCUGUGACCUGGGCAACCCCAUGAAGUCUGGCACCAGCCUGUGGGCAGGCCUGCGCUUCACUGUGCCACGACUGAAGGACACACACAAGACGGUUCAGUUUGAGCUACAGAUCCGCAGUAAAAAUGAGAAUAAUUCCCACAGUGAGGUGGUGCCCUACAAGCUGGAGGUGGUUGUCCAGGCCGAUGUUAUUUUACAAGGUGUCUCCCGACCAGACAAGGUCUUCUUCCCUCCCCCCAACUGGAAGGUCUCCAAGACCCCCCAGGAGGAGCAGGACAUUGGGCCUGAAGUCCAACACAUCUAUGAGCUGGUGAACAAAGGUCCCAGUGGUAUCAGUCACACAGUGCUGCAGCUCAGCUGUCCUCUCAGUGUUCAGGGCAAGGGUCUCCUCUACCCCCUGGAGAUCUCUACUGAGGGACCCCUCAACUGCACCACCAACCACUCCAUCAACUACCUGCAGCUCAAGCUCCAGCAGUCUUCCACAGAGCAGCCACCCCUACUUGUGCCUGGUCAGGAUCACCACAUCGAGAGGAGAGAAGUCCCGAGAGACCAGCUGGCGGAGCACACUAACCUGUCCUGCUCUAACGUGGAGUGCUGGACGCUGCAGUGUGACGUGGGUCUUCUGGAGAAGGGGACCAGCGCCAUCCUCAAAGUGCGCGCCCGCAUCUGGGCUGAGACCUUCAUCGAGAGGGCAUACAAGGGGUACGUGCUGGAGUGCCUGGCAAUGUUCAGCGUGGUCAAGAUGCCAUAUGCCAUCUUGCCCAAGGAGGUACCUAGUGGAUUUAAAAAGGUGGUGACCCCGGUGGUGUGGAACAAGCCAGACAGCCAAUACUCUGCCCCCCUGUGGAUCAUCAUUCUGGCCAUACUGGCUGGGCUUCUGCUGCUGGCACUGCUCAUCUACGUCCUGUACAAACUUGGCUUCUUCAAAAGGUCGCUACCCUAUCGCAUGGCUAUGGAGAAGGCCCAACUCAAGCCCCAGGCUGCAUCUGAGGCCUAAACACCACAUAGAAAGGAUUUAAAACAAACUAUUUUGUUGUCGAAUAACCAAAGAAACCUAGAAACCCACAUGAUUGCAACGGAGAAAUGUGCUUAAUUUAAAUGUCCAGAGAGGAUUAGACUGCAGUUGAAGUCAGGAGGAGGUAGAAAGACCACUGUACUGCACUAGAGGAAGAAAAACCCAAAGAACUCCAAACCAAAUGAAUGUUUUUAAUUUAAUAUAUGUUUAUGUUUGUCGUCGUCGGGUUGGGGUUGAUCACCAAGCUGAACUUCAGUGUCACAGUCAGACAAACUGGCUUUAGACUUACUGAUCCUAUUUGAGUUGAAGUCCAAGACUAGUGACUACAGAAGAAGAAGAGGAGCAGCCUAUGGAAUCCCUUGAUUCGAUCAAGGAAGAUGCUUGGUUUCUCCCUGCACAUCUUUUAAAACAGCUUUUUAUUCCCUUGUGGAUCCUUGUGAAAGAGAAUAUUGUUUUAAUCUUUUUCAACUGCCUUCAUUUUGGUGCUAAAAAAGUGUGCUCAUUGCUUCAAAAAGGUAUAUUGUGGUGUUGAGUGGGACUGAAUGCAUCUCCCUUCCUUUUUGUAGCUAUUCAAGAAAUCUGAUCUGAUACUUUCCCAACCGAAGUUGGAAACAUGCUUUCUGUUCAGGGCACCAGAGGAGCAUGUUCACCAGAGGAGCACAGACAGUCUGUCUCAUGUCUCCGUAAUCGCUCUACACCUGAGCUGUUUACCUAUCCACAUUUCUACCAAAUAUGUUUUUACAGCCGAUCUUAUCUUUUGUUUAAUGCUCCAGUAAUGUUCGGCAGGUAUAGACUCCUGUACUGCCAAAAUAGCUUCUUCUGCCUCAGAUUGGUGGACAUGCAGUGCUUGGUCCAGUUGUUUUUCACUCAAAGGAAAUCUACUGAUGUCUAACAAGAUGCCAAAAACAGACAGGAUACUGACGGACUGAUCUUCCUUUGAGUUUGACUUGAACCCUUACUGAUCACUUUGUGUUGAUCCUAUAUGUUUGUGUUCGUUGUGACAAAUGAAAGCAUUGCCUCAAAGCUGACUGGGACUUGACUGGAUCAAUCCACCAUGGGCCUGUGAGAUAGAUAGAACUCUGGCUGGUGACUUGUAAACAAGUUUGUCCAGACUACAUACAUACAAUCUGAUUGGGUUGCUUGCAGGUCAGGGCUCACUCCGGUGAGUGUCAGGGAAACGGCCAAAUAUCGGCUAAAACGGCUAAACGUUUGACCUGGAUCUUGUAGUGUUCUAGGAGCAUCUUCGCUCUGGUUUAUUUUAUGAUAAAGAGAACUGACUGAGUACCAGAAGCUCUCCCACCACGAUGCUGCAGCUUCACCCAUGGACUGAAUAUGUGGGGCUCAUUUAUUUGUCAUGUAAAUAGGUUUUGUGUGUGUUGGACUCCAUGUGUCUUCAUGUGUCAAUGUUCCUGUCUGUGUAUGUUUUUUUGUGUGAAUCAGAGAGAUAUCUUUCCCAUUGCUAACUAAGUCCUCUCCUUUCUCUCUUGCAUCACUAGGGAAGGGUAGACUUGUCCAGCAGUAAUGCUGAUCAUCGCAUCACUUCAAUCUGUACUCAGGAUGGGUUGAGACUGCCCAAUAGUGUUUAGGACAGCUAGGACCAGAGUAGCUAUUCAUUUAGGGCCCGAUUCAGACUUGAGAUAAGUAGACUUAACAUGGAUUUAAGUCAACAUUUUUUAAAACUUAAGUCCAUGUUAAGUUAACUUAUCUCAAGUCUGAAUCAGGCCCUUAAUGCAGUAGAGAGACUGCAAUGAAAAUGCACAUGCAUACAUACAUGUACAGUAAAAUCAGUUUGUGCCUCUUGUAAAGGGAUAGCAUCUGGGCAUUGGGAACUAAACAAAUUGUUUGUAAGUGCAAUAUUAUUAUUCACUCUGGUUGAUAUUGGUUUUAGUUUUUGCCGUAUUUUUUAAAUUUUUUUGUUCAUUUUCUUCCAGAGGUGUUGUGUUACACCUGGUGUAUCUAACAUCUGGUGAUGAGUGUGUGAUAAAAAUCAUACAAAGUUUGUUCCCUGUGGUCGGAUGGGAUAUUGUCUAAAACAAUUGGUUUGUUUUUUUCCUCCUAGAUUUUUCCACUGCACAUAUUGACCAAUUGUAUAUUUUGCUCCACUGCUAUAACUAGGCAAUGUUUAGUAUCACUAUUUCAGAUAUCAGUGGUAAAGAACCUCUGAGUUGAACUUGAGUGGGCAUGUGUGAUAAUGUAUGUUCAGUUCAAUUGUAUCACCUAUCCAAACGCAGCCAUAGUUUUACACAUUUUCACUGUUUCUUUUGAAUGCCCUUUAGCUCAUAUUGGUGAUUUAAUCCACAAGCUUUAUCAACAUUCAGUGGAUUCAUUUGACAUGUAUCAUAUUAUUUUGAACAGUAUUUGGAUAUUGUUUUGAACAGUAUAUGUAUGAUCGUGGUGUCCAGACUGAAAAUGUCAACCUAGUAUUAUUUAUAUUGAAAGAGGAUGUUUUAAACAGAAUCCUCUGUGGUUACAGCAGGAGACUACACUGGGUUUAUCCUUGUUUUCUCAAUGCUUUCUAGGCCCCAUUUAAUAAAUCUCCUUUUUACAAAGUUGUAAAUAUAUUUCUGCCGAGAAUAUUUUUUAGAUCCAAUUGAAGAAAAACAUUUGUGAAAUUUACUCUCCCCAUAUUGGGGAGACUUUUUGGGAAGAUGAUUUUGUCUCUUAUUAUACGGUUUGCAUUUCAAAUAAAAUGUUUAAUUUUUACAAAUCCUGAUGACAUGCUUUGAUUGAAUACACAGUUCUGAAAAUAAUUUAUUUAGAAAAAAUAAACUUGCACAUGACAUGAAAUGUUUUACACAUUUGUGUAUGCUGUCUGGAAUCAACUGAUUGCUCAACAACUUAUUGUACAUGAUAGUUGUAUUACAAAGUGGAGAAGGCCAAAACAAACUAAAACACCAUAACUAGGAGCUAUAACAUAGACCUAUUGUAUGUGCUUAUAUGGCACUCACUUGUAAAAGUGAGAGGCCUCCUGUAGGGCCUACUGUAGCUCAGUUGGUAGAGCAUGGCGCUUGCAACGCCAGGGUUGUGGGUUCGAUUCCCACGGGGGGCCAGUA